GCAGCAGAGCAGACGUUCAAGAGAAAGAGGUGGGACAAGACAACUGAAGGGCCUCGUCUUAUAUAUAUAUAUGUAUAUAUAUAUGUAAAGAUCUGUUUAGACAAAUAAUUUCGUCGAGAAUUGAUUUUAAAUGAUUGCUGUCAGGAGUGGCUUGGGUAUCCUGUGAAACUUGUAACGAACCAGCACUUUUGAUACAGGUGUUUGUUACACCUCAGCAUGGCUGUGGUCAUCCGUUUGCAGGGUCUCCCCAUUGUGGCUGGGACCAUGGACAUACGCCAUUUCUUCUCUGGAUUGACCAUCCCGGAUGGUGGUGUGCAUAUUGUAGGGGGUGAGCACGGUGAGGCUUUUAUCGUGUUCGCCACAGAUGAAGAUGCAAGGCUUGGAAUGAUGCGCGCAGGGGGGUCAAUCAAGAAUUCUAAAGUGUCUCUAUUACUAAGUAGCAAAACCGAAAUGCAAAACAUGAUUGAACUGAGCCGAAGGCGUUUUGAAACUGGAAGUGCAGAGGCCAGCACAGGAAAUGGCGGUAGGCCAGGUCCACCGGUCAGCACUGGUGGAAGUGGAAGGGGUAAUUUGCAGACCACUGCACAAGGUUUCAGUAAUACAACUUUAACCACUGUCACCACAGCGGCCGCACAUGAGCCUGUGAGCAACAAGACUGUCCCUACAUUUGUAACCACUACCAUGGGCAACAUGCCCCCAAACUUUACCAAUUUCAGCAGCCCAAGUCUUAGCUUAGGAUCUACCAUGACCACUGCUAUGUCGUCUUUGAACUCUGUACCUCCCCCUAUGCCUCCCUUGCCCACCAUGCCAUCUCUUCCACCAAUGCCCCCCAUACCAGUACCACCUCCUGUGUCCACAAUGCCUCCAGUACCAGCUGUUAAUCCUCUAACAUCAGUGCCUCAGGUCCCUCCCAUUGCACACAUGACACACAUGUCCGCACUUCCACCAUUUAACCCAGGUGUCCCUCCACCACUUGGCCCUGUGGCUGGUGGUUUAGCUGCCUCCGGUCCGCUGUCUCUCGGAACUCAAAAUCCAAUGUUCCUGAAUCCCAUGAACCCUCUGAACCCCCUCAACCUCCAACAUCACUUGAAAUCAGCAAUGACAAACCCAGAUGAGUUAUACAUUCAUGUGCAUGGCCUUCCUUUUUCAGUCAGUGACGGUGAAGUGAGAGAUUUUUUUCAAGGACUAGGCGUUGAGUCAGUUCGGUUACUCAAAGACAAUCUGGGUAGAAAUAAUGGUAGGGCAUUUGUAAAGUUCUUCUCACCUCAAGAAUCUUUUGAAGCCCUGAAAAGAAAUGCAGGAAUGAUGGGCCAUAGAUUUGUUGAAAUUUCUCCAGCUACUGAGAGACAGUGGCGAGAAAGCGUAAGCACAGGUCAUGCAGAACAGAAUCGACAUCAUCGCGGAAGCAUAAACUCACCGCCUCCCUCUGGUCGUGAGAGAGAUAGGUCCCGAUCCCCCCACAAACAUGAAUUCUGUGUGUAUUUGAAAGGACUUCCAUAUGAAGCAGAGAACAAGCAAAUAUUUGAGUUUUUCAAAAAUCUUGACAUUGUUGAAGACAGCAUUUAUAUUGCGUAUGGAACCAAUGGUAGGGCCACUGGUGAGGGAUUUGUCGAGUUCAGAACUGAAACCGACUACAAAACUGCCCUUGGAUGCCACAUGCAGUACAUGGGUAAUCGAUUCAUACAGGUGCACCCCAUCACAAAGAAAAAUAUGUACGACAAGAUAGAUUCAAUUCGCAAACGAAUGCAAGGUACCCAGGGUGAGCAAAAGAAUAACUUUGGAGAAGGAGGGAAAAGUACAAAGAACUGUGCUCACAUAACCAAUAUUCCGUAUAAUGUGUCUAAAAAAGAUGUCCGUUUGUUUCUUGAUGGGAUUCAGCUGUUUGAGGAAAGUGUUAAGGUGCUAGUUGACGGAAAUGGUAAUGGUCUUGGUCAGGCUAUUGUGCAGUUUAUGUCUGAGGAGGAUGCACUUAAAGCAGAGCGACUACAUAGGCAGAAAUUAAAUGGCAGGGAUGCCUUUGUGCAUUUGGUAACAUUUGAACAGAUGAAGGAGGUUGAGAGAAAUCCUCCUCCACAGGCAAGGCGUGGACAGAAAUUCCAAGGAAAUUCCCAUGCCCAUGCAUAUGCACAGGUCCAGCCCCAAGUUCCACAAGCACCACAUGCUUUUCCAGGAUUGACAGGAGACGAGUUUAGUUUUCUCAGAAAUGCUGUAACCCUUGGCAAUGCCCCUCCAUUUGUCAACCCUUUUUCUGCCCCAGGUAAUGGACUAGCAGGUCCACCACCUUUGCCGCCACUUGGUGCAGCCUUAGCGGAUAUCACACGUACUGUUCCCCCACCGAUGGUUGGCGGGCCAUUACCAGGUCCCGUUCUAGAGCACCCUGGUUUCAGACCUGGUGGCAACAGUGCACCUUCUGGUUUUGUUGGGGCACCAGAGGCCUUAAGAGGCAUAACACCUUUUGAUAAUGGAUCUUCCCGGAUAGAAUCUGGCCAAAAUCGUGGAGGGAGCCAAGGUCAGAGACCUGCUAAUGAAAAUAUUAGAGGACCAUCCAGUGGUGGUCCAGGUAAUCCACGGCCCAUCAUUGUUAAAAUUCAAAACAUGCCCUUUACUGUUACAGUUGAUGAGAUAAUUGAUUUCUUCUAUGGAUAUCAAGUGUUGCAGGGUUCUGUGUGUUUGCAAUUCAAUGAUAAAGGUUUGCCCACUGGGGAAGCAAUGGUUGCAUUUGACUCCCACGAUGAAGCUAUGGCUGCUGUGAUGGACUUGAAUGAUAGGCCCAUUGGGGCGAGGAAAGUUAAGGUCAUUUUGGGAUAAAAAGUUAUUUGUCACUGCAAAUGUGUCUUUUGAAAUAGUACCUAAUCGGGUUGUUUUUUCCACAGAAGAAACUGACAAGUAUUAGAUCUUUUUUUUUUUCCCCCUCUUGGCACACAACAUUUAAAUUGAACGGUGUAUCCAAGAUUGCAGAAGUUACAUGAGGUAUGACACAAUUGAGGAAAGACAAUACUACUACUAAAUUCUUCUAAAGAGCUUCGUGAUAAAGACUACAGGCUUAUGUGUUCGUUCAUGUUGGAAGUUCUGAAAAGGGGGCAUCUUAAUAGUGGCUUAAGUAGAUGCUAAUAGCUAUGCUGAAGCAGGUUAUUUGCAAGUAUUCUUAUCACUUUCAGAAUUAUUCAUUGUUUUGUAUCUCUGCUCAAGUUUGAACAUUUUACAUAUAUGGUCUGUGUUGCCACAUGAAUUUCCUUUCGACAUAAACCAAGUGCUGCCGUAUGUUGUGGGCUUAUGUCUACACUUCAGUUCAUAUAUUUGCUACCUGCUCCAAGUUUUUUGUCAAUAAAAUGCAAAUGUCUGUGUCUUUCUCAAUAUCUGUUGCUGUCAUUGCUUGUGGAUUGCUUUAACUUCCUGAGAAGUUCCAAUACUAAGUCAUAUCAGUACUUCACUGUAAAUGCUAUGCGGUUUGUGAAGAAAAUGCAGCAUUGUAAUGUUUUGUACAUGACUAUUUUACUUUCUUGGCUCUUCACAAUGUUUGCAGUGGUGCUUAAUAAUGGCUAUCUUUUUCUUUUUUUGAUGAUCAGUUAUUAGUUUGUUUUGACGUUACAGCGCUUUUACAUCUGUAAAUACUUUCCAGCUGAUCUAUUUUGUCAAUAAAAUGACAUUCCUGA